ACAGACAAAUCCAGUUAAUUAAAUAAUAUAAAAAAGAAAAUUCCUAGAAAAGUAAGAGUGCAAAAUUGAUGAGUAGUACCGAACGAAUAACAGUACGAGUGCCAAAUAAAAUGAAACGAUCAACAUCAAGAGAAUCUCCUCCAAUUCGUAAGCGUCGUGCAUCAUUAGGAAGAUAUGAUGGAAGUUCUGAUGAAAGAAUGUCUCCUGAUAGAAUGAGAAGACGACAUGGAAGUCCUCCUCGUUAUGUUUCACCACCAAGAGAAAAGUAUGCGCCAAUUGCUCAUACUUAUAAAGUGCUCUGUGUUAGUGCAUUGCAUCCUAAAGCAACGGAUGAGUAUAUUCGUGAAACACUUUAUCGUGAAUUUAAAAAAUUUGGUGACUUUAGUGUUCGUUUAUCAUUGGACGAGAAUCGUGAGAGAAUUGCGUAUGUCUGCUUUAGAACUGCUGAUGAUGCUCGUUCUGCAAAGGCAGCAAAACCAAGAGUUAUGGUUUAUGAGAAGAUUGCUAUUGUUGAGCCAGUAUUUGAAACUGUAAGACGACAAAGAACAACUAGUCCACCAGCUCCUGAAUAUGAUCGUUAUUAUUCUCGUGGCUCACCUGAAAGACGUCGUCCAAAUCAUCAUCCAGAACCCUAUGAAAGAUAUCCACCGAGUUCUAUGCAUCACCCUGAAUAUCGACCAGUUAUGCAUUCUGAAUAUAUUAAUUCACCUCGUCCACCUCCAAUGCAUCAUCAUCAUGGAAUGCAUCCAGCACCUCAUUAUGCCCCGAGAGGAGCUUAUAUCCCACGUCCACGUAUUCCAUACGAAAAGCCUGAAAAUAAAAAGGAUAAAUUUCCCAAUUAUUUACAUCAUGUUCAGCCAGAAGACGAUCCAUUAGCAACACGAACUUUAUUUGCUGGAAAUUUGGAAAUUAAUAUUUCUGACGAUGAACUAAAACGUAUUUUUGGUAAAUACGGAAUUGUUGAAGAUAUUGACAUCAAAAGACCACCGCCUGGAACUGGAAAUGCAUUCGCAUUUGUGCGUUAUCAAAAUUUGGACAUGGCACACCGUGCAAAGGUUGAAUUGUCAGGACAAUAUAUUGGAAAAUUCCAAUGUAAGAUUGGUUAUGGAAAAGCUACGGCUUCAACAAAAAUCUGGAUAGGAGGAUUAGGUGCAUGGACCUCUUCAGUUCAAUUGGAAGGCGAAUUUGAUAGAUUUGGAGCAAUUAAAAAGAUUGAAUAUACUAAAGGGGAUAAUAAUGCAUACAUUCAAUACGAGACAAUCGAUGCAGCACAAGCUGCUGUUAAAGAAAUGAGAGGAUUUCCUCUCGGUGGUCCCGAUAAGCGUUUAAGAUGCGAUUUUGCUGAUAAUGGCGAGCCAAUUCCACCACAAACAUUCAAACCAAAAGAUUUUGAAGGUGGAUUUCGUAAAGAUUAUGAAUAUGAAGGAAAUAGUGCACCAUAUGAGGAACCACAUUAUUCACAUACCCCUCAUCAUCAUCCAUAUUCUUCUGGAUAUUCUAGGCCGUAUAGAGGAAGGGGUGGAUAUCGCGGACGUGGUGCUUAUCGUGGAUCUUAUCAUCCACAUCAUUCAACUGAAAGAUUUCCACCACCGCAUGAUGAUGAAUGGAGAGGACGUCCUCAAAAUGACAUGGAAUAUGGAGUUCAUGAUCCAUACCGUUUAAGACGAUCUCCAGCUCGUCAGCCAGGCAUUGAAAGAUCACGUUCUAGAUCUCCAAAACGCCGUAGCUUAGAUUCUGAUUCUGAUUCAGGCAUGAAGAGAAAUGGAACUUUGGGAUCAUUGAGAACACUCAGUGAAGUCGCAAGAAAGUCAUCAACUAAAUGGGAAGGUGCUUUGAUCUUAAAGAGCUCUCUAUUUCCUGCAAAGUUCCACUUAACUGAUGGAGAUGUUGACAUUGUUGAAAGCUUAAUGCGAGAUGAAAAUGGCACUAAGAAUUUACGCAUCACUCAAAGAUUGCGCUUAGAUCAGCCAAAAUUAGAAGAUGUUCAGAAGAGAAUCAAUAGUUCUUCCUCAAUGGCAAUUUUCGUAGGAUUAUCAGGUCCAACAAUUAACAGUGACGAUGCAAACAUUCAGACACGUCCGCUACGCAAUUUAGUAUCAUACUUGAAACAAAAGGAGGCAGCUGGCGUCAUUUCAUUAUUGAACAAAGAAACUGAGGCAACAGGUGUCUUGUAUGUCUUCCCACCAUGCGAAUUCUCAACAGAAUUGUUGAAACGCACAUGCUCUGGACUUUCAGAGGAAGGUCUUAAAGAAGAUCACUUGGUUAUUGUGGUCGUUCGUGGUGGAACUGCUUAAAUUGGGAAUUUUCUUUGGUAUUGUAUGGUUAUGAUCCAUAAUUUUCCACAAAAUUAAGAAAGAAUUUUCUUUAACAAAACCAUUCAAUUGCUACAUAUUACACACAUAAAUCAUUCAUAACAAUUCAUUAAACCUUUUUUUUGGUUCUUCAUAUCGAGAGUUUAAGGUAAAUCUCUUGAAGGACAUAACUAAUAAGAUUUUAUUUUUAGGUAGGCAUUAGAAUUGAUGACAAAUUGUGUGACACACGCGAAAUUUUUAAUUAAAAAAAACAAAUUUUGUUGUUUUUUUUUUUCUUUCAAACUCAAGUUCUGUUCUUGGUUUUACAAAACAGUGCAAGUUUUUAAAAAUUCAUAAAAAGAAGAAGAAUAUGGAAGUGUCAGUGUAAUGAUAUGUUAUGUAUGAGAAUUUAUCACACUGUUUGAUUAUUGGUUCAAAAAAAAAUAAGUAAAAGAAGUAAAAAAUUGUCAUUCUGAUGAUUGUGAUGAGAAACAAUCAAUUUAAAUAUUUGAAAAAUAACUAUGUGUAGGGCUUACUCAAAAUAAUAUAGAUAUCUAGGCAUUUUGUGAAAUAAUAAACUAAAUAUAUUGCAAAAAUAAUAAUCAUAGUGCUAUAAAGUCGUUUAUAACGUUCAUUUGUGAUUUGAAUUUGAUAAAGUUUUGCAUAAACGAGCUAAGCUUGAGUGGUAAUCAGUCCCUUUCAUGGAGUCUAUAGACAAACCUGCUACAUGCUGUUGAUUGAGUCAUGUUUCAACAAUAUUGUGGCUUAAUCAACAUCAUGUUAAUUAGACAAAAAUUAAAAGUUUCAAAAGCUUGACGUUGUUUUACAAAACUAGUUCAAAUUUAAACAUAAAAUUACCGUUUGAAAAGACUUUGUGUCAGAGUCGUCAAAUUUUAUCAUAAGUGGUUAAAAAAAUAGUUUUGUGGUCAUAGCAUAACUUCAUACUUGAUGAAGAUUGUGGCAUAUUUCAGAUGAAGAAAAAUAAAUUGUUGUGCAUAUAUAUAUCCAAAAAAAAACAAGUAUUCGAAGAGGAAAAAUUGGGAAAUUUCGUGAAAAUGUAUCAAAUGUGAAAAAUACAGUUCUUUGUUCAGAAAAAUCUGAGAAUGUCUAAAGGAAAUGAAAAAUUGUGGUUGAUGCACACUGUGAAAAAGAUACAUAAGAAUAAUUGGAGGUUCAUUGAGUGUUUUUGUGAAACAAAUAAAAUGUUUCCAGGGAUGUCACAAAUGCUGAACAAUAUCCCUUUUGUAGAUUCUUGAAUGACCACAGUAAAAAGUGAGUUGAUUCCUCUAAGCAACAAAAAAGUAGUUUUGAAAGUAACAGUUAAUAGUUUUUAAAAAUAAUGAAAUUUGAAUGUGCA